UUUCCAUAGCAACAGCUCUGGACAAAAGGGGGGGGGGCUGUUCCGUCGUCACCAUGGCAACGGGAGGGGGAGUGUGGUUGUCAGAGCCCAAGAUGGCGGGUUCCGCGGUCACGUGGGCUUCAGCGCCGCCAAUGGGCGAAGCCGCCUGGAGGGGAAGGGGCGGGUCCAAGCUACCGGAAGCGGAAGUGAACCGGCGGCGGCGGCGGCGGCGGCGGGAGGCGGCGAGAAUGUCCUCGGGACACGCAGCAGCUCCGCGGGGGGGGGACCCCCCCCCUUCUCACCGCCGCCGCCGCCGGGGCCCGGCGCCGCGCCCGCCCUUCAUCCCCCCCGCCCCGGCCUCCUCAUCGUCCUCCUCCUCGUGUCCCCCCCCCGCCGCCGCCGACGUGUUCGUGACGGCGCGGACGGACUUCCGGGCCCAGCUACGGCGCUGUCAGCGGCUGCUGGCGCCGGGGGGGGGCAGCGCCGCCCCGGCCCCCCCCUCCGAGCUGCGGCUGCACGGGCUGGGCCUGGCCGUGCCCCGCGCCAUCAACCUGGCGCUGCAGCUGCAGGCGGCCGCCCCCGGCGCCCUCCGCCUCCACGCCAGCACCUCGUCCGUCACCCUGCCCCCCAGCACCGCGGGACCCCCCCGCCGCCGCCGCGGGGCCCCCCCCGGCCGGCAGGACGAGGAGGAAGAGGAGGAUGACGAUGAAGAAGAAGAGGACGGAGAAGGAGCGGCCCCCAGGCCCCGCCAUAACUCGGCCAUUCACAUCAGGGUGUGCAGGGAGGCGCCGUGCGCGUGAGCGGGCACCCAUGGGUGCUCCCGCGCGCCCCGACGGGGCUCUGGAGCGUCGCUGUCUGCGGGGGGGGCGCCCCCAGAGCGCCCCCCACCCCCCCCCAAGCUGCUCCCAGGAGGCUCCAGAGCGUUGCGGGACACUUGAGAUGCCACCAAGGACACAGCGCCAGUGAUGAGGCACCGCGAAGCACCGGGAGCCGGGGCCACCGGGACGCCACCAACAGCGACCUCCGGAGCCACCGGGGGCCACCACGAUGUCCCCAAAGGGCCACCAAUGACGUGGAGUCACCGCGAAGCCGGGGCCACCCCACCAUGAGCUCGACCCACCCUGUGGCCACCAAGAUGCCACCGAGCCCCCCAAUGCGCCACCCCCCCCCAACAGACCCAAUGGACUUCGAGCAGGGGGACACGCAAGGACCCCCCCAAUAAACCUGGUGGCAGCAGUGA